GCACCGGGAAACAGGUAGGCUGUUGUUGUCGCGCGCAAGGCUGCAGACUUCUCUAUCCGUUUCUGUAAAAAUCUCCUGUUUAUGAGAGGAAGAGGGGAGCAUCAGUGGGUUGUUUUCAGUGAGGAAGGAAGCCUCUUGCAGGAAAAGCAGUGCAAGGUCUAUAAUUAUCUCCAAGUGCUCUUUCUUCUUUUUUUUUUGUCCGGAUUCUCACAGUGACGGCAGUGUUGAGGAAGGGACUCCGCGGGUUGUGUGAAAGAAUGAAGGAGUGGUGUUGAACACGUUAUUGUUGAGUAUUUUUGAACUCUUGUACAGUGGAUGAACUCGUGCAUUCUUCAGCUCACACAUUGAGCUGUUUAAAUUAGUUUAACCGAAUCAGUAUUUAUGCGUUUGGGACCAUCUGGAGCCAUCUGCACCCUGCCUUUUGACGGAUUAGGACUGGAGCAUUGAUGGAGGACAUCGACCUCGAGCAGCUGGAGCCGUUACCUGUGGACCGAGAUGGGAAACCGCUCGGGAGGGCAGCGGACCAGCCUGACGGCAACAGAAAGAUGGGAUGUUGUGAGAAGUUCCAGCAGUCUGUCUCUAAAUGGAUGCUACCAGCAGACGCCCGCAGCAAGUACCUGGAACGUGCCAACUGCUGUCCGCCCCCCAUCUUCAUCAUCCUCAUCAGUAUUGCAGAGCUGGCAGUGUUUAUCUACUACGCUGUGUGGAAACCUCAGAAGCAGUGGGUGACCCUGGAUGAAGGCAUCUGGAAGAGCCCACUCACAUAUAAGCCCGAGCAAAGGCAGGAAGCAUGGCGCUUUAUCUCCUACAUGUUUGUCCACGCUGGUGUGGAGCACAUCGUGGGCAACCUGAUAAUGCAGCUGCUGCUGGGCAUCCCGCUGGAACUGGUCCACAAAGGGUUUGAAGUAGGAAUGGUUUACAUGGCGGGCGUUCUGGCAGGCUCGUUGUGCAGCUCCAUCUUUGAUCCUCUCAGUGCUCUGGUGGGAGCCUCUGGGGGCGUUUAUGCUCUGAUAGGAGGCUAUUUUAUGAACGCAGUGGUGAAUUUCCGAGAGAUGAUCCCUCUCCUUGGAGUAUUUCGUAUCCUCGCCAUAGUAAUAUUUGUUGCCACAGAUUUUGGAUUCGCCUUCUAUAGAAGAUUUAUCAGCGACGAGGCUGGUAUGCAGGUGUCCUUUGUGGCUCAUUUUGGAGGAAUCGUCGCCGGCAUGACAGUCGGCUACGUAUUUUUCAGCGCUUACAACAAGAAGCUGCUCAAAGACCCACGUUUCUGGCUGUGUAUAGUGGGAUACAUAAUCUUUGUGAUCUUUGCUGUGGUCUUUAACAUCUUCCUGAGCCCGGCAACAAAGUAGCACAGAGCUGCACUCACCAAAAGUUUUUGUUUUUUAAAAGUAAACACUAAAUGCCUUAAUAUCACACUCAGUAGGCUUUAUUUUGCUGAUGUGUUUCAGAAAAAAAGUUGCUUUCAGGGAAUUUGUGAAUGUAGUGAACAGGGUUUGUUUUUUAUUUUUUUUUAUUAGAUUUGCUUGUGGAAUUUGAGAGUUUAAGGGAAAGAGUGCCUCCUGCUGUUUAUGUGUAGCAUUGCAGAAGGUAUGCUAUUAAACAUUUUAGACAAGACCAAAAUGUGCUUUUUUAAGUAAUUUGAACUAAAUUAAAUGUACCUUUUAAUAUGUUGUUAUUAAUUAUUAUUUCUUUAUUGAGUUCUCUGUGCGUGAGAUCUCUUUGAACUUGUCAUGAUUAUCAGGAAAUUGAUGAAUACACUGGUCCUACUUCAUAUCAUUUUUCUUUAAUAGGAAAUAAUGCUCAGGCUGUUUAAUUUCAUACUUUUAUACUAAUUUUCUGUUGAAUCAUCAAAGACUCUCAUGGGGUUUCAGUAUUCAUGAAAUGUGCCUUAUUAAUGGUGAAGUCACCGCACUGAACACAGAGUUUGAUGAGUCUCAGGGGAAAAAAACAGGAUAAUGUCAAAACCGUUUUAGUUGCUCCUUCUUUCUGUAAGCAGUAGAGCUGGUUUACCAUCAGGCCUUGGCUCAGUGCCACUCUAUUGUUUCAAUUACAUCCUGUUGACAGGACACGGCUAAUUACAUGCACAUGAGUUACAGAACUGUUUCUGUCAUGGUUAUUGUUUUUUUACCUUGGAAAUAAAAAAACAUUGGCUUUAAACAUCAACAAUCAGCUUUCAGAAACAGCAUCUACUAUUGUAAAAUUAAACAGCGGUUUAUGUAGUACAAUAUCCCCACUGAACUUUUGGGAAACUGCUGAAAGUGGAAGUUGUAUUUUGGUGACUGUACAUUUUCUGCGUCAUGAGUCUAUAAAAUGAAAACUCUAAUAUUACUUCUGGUGUGAGCAGGGGGCAAUGGUACAUAUUAUGAUUCAGAGGCAGAUCGUACGUUUGUACUUAAUUUAUCUUAAAUCAAAGCAACAAACAACCAAAGACACUUCCUACACUUGUUUUUGCAUUUCCACAGCUCAAUGUUUUACACAUUUUUAAUAAAAUGUUGUGUUUUUUGAUGUA